UCUACCUACCUAGCCUAAGAUGGCAAUUAAGACUAAAGCAUCAUUGCUUUCAUCUAUUCUUCUAUUGCUUGCAAAUUGUAUGCAACAUUGUGUCAAUGGACAGCAAGUGCCCUGCUUUUUUGUCUUUGGGGACUCUUUAUGUGACAAUGGAAAUAACAACAACCUUCCAACAGCUGCAAAAAGCAAUUACAAUCCAUAUGGCAUCGACUUCCCAGGAGGCGCUUCUGGACGAUUUACCAAUGGACAAAACCUAAUUGACUACCUUGCCCAACUUCUUGAAUUUCCAGAAUAUAUCCCUCCCUUUGCAAACACUAAUGGCUCAGACAUACUUAAGGGUGUGAAUUAUGCAUCCGGAGCGGCUGGGAUUCUCUUUGAAACCGGAAAGCGUCUUGGUGACAAUAUCCAUUUGGAAAAACAGCUGGAAAAUCACAGAGCCAUAUAUUUGAAAAUCGCCAGGCAACGUGGAGGUUUAAAGAACGCUAAAGAGUACCUUAACCAGUGUUUGUAUUACGUGAACAUAGGCAGCAACGAUUACAUAAACAAUUUCUUUCUUCCCGAGCAAUACCCUUCAAGCAGAAUCUAUAACCUUGAGCGAUAUACCAACCUUCUUAUAAGCAAGUUAUCCCAAUAUUUGGAGGAACUGCAUGAGAGAGGAGCAAGAAAAGUGGCGGUAGCCGAGUUGGGUUCUCUAGGCUGCACUCCACAAGCCAUAUCUACACGUGGAACCAAUGGAAAUUGUGUUGCUGAGUUCAAUGAUGCUGCCGAGCUCUUCAACAACAAGCUCAGUUCUGCAGUGAACGCAUUGAAUAACAAGUUCCCUGAUUCCAAGUUCAUCGUCAUAAACAGCUCAAGCGGCCCCGUUGACCAAUUUGGUAUCACUGUUGUGAAUGCUCCUUGCUGCCCUACGAGAGGCGAUGGACAGUGUGUUGUUAAUGGAACACCAUGCCCCAAUAGAAACCAGUAUUUGUUCUACGAUGGAUACCAUAUCACUCAGCUCGUCCACCAACUCUUUGCAUUCGAUACAUACAACCAAAUCCAGCCUCUUCUUCACCACUGAACUAAUCAUCCACUUCAAACAACACAUGGAUGCUUCUAUCUCUUCAAUAAAUAUACUGUAAUUUUAAUAAAAAAUUAUUAAAAUAGACAGGUCGUUCGUAAAAUAUAAUUUCAGGAUAAAAAAAGUGACCUUGUCAUGUACUACUUUACCUUUAUUAAUAUACUUUUUAAAAAAAUAGUAAAAAAAGUGAUGCAUAUUACUCGCACAAUUUCUCUUUUAUUUUAUUAUAAAUUUUUUCUGUUUUCACUAUUGGAGCUCUAUUAAGGAAGUUAAAAGAAGCUAGGUCACGCAUUAAGGAAGCUGGUUUGAAAAUUGGAAACGGAGAAUGAGGUUGAAAUGCUUUUGAGUUUCAAAAGGAAUUGC